AGAGAACAGAGGAGGCCACGCAGCAGGGAGGAGGAGACGGGGCAGAGAGAAAUAAACUCGGGUGGGAAGAAGGCAGGAGGGAGAGAAGGAGUGAGGCAGAGAUGAGGUUGCAGGGCUCCCUGGCCUGCCUCCUGCUGGCCCUGUGCCUGGGCAGCGGGGGGGCUGGCCCGUUGCCGAAAGAAGGGGAGGGUGCGGGAGCAGCUGUCGAGGAGGCCGUGGGACACGGGAUGGGAGACGCCAUUGGAAAGGGGGUGGGAGAUGCCAUCAGCCAAGGAGUCGAAGAGGCUGCUGGCGAAGGGACCGGAGGGACCGCCGGCUCUGCAAGCAGGGGGGCCACGAGCCGUGGCGUGGAGGAGGCAGCCCGCGUCCUUGGGAACCCUGGGGGUGAGGCAGGCAGGCAGGCUGAGAACAUCAUUCGCCGCGGAGGAGAUGCGGUUCACGGCUCCUGGCAGGGCGUGCCUGGCGGCAACGGUGCUUGGGGAACCGAUGGCCAGCCUCCAUCUGGAGGCCAUGGCAUCUUUGGCUCCCAGGGUGGCUUUGGAGGCCACAGCCAGGGCAAUCCUGGAGGCCCGGGGACUCCUUGGGGCCAGGGAUACCCCGGGGGUUCAGAUGGCAGCUUCGGAACCCACUCUCAGGGAGGCGCCUGGAGCCAAGGAGCCAAUGGAGGAUCUUUGAACUUGGAGCCCCACGCUCAGGGGACCGUGGUCCAGCCCGGGUACGGCUCAGUGAGAGGCAGCAGCAACUCACACACAGAGUGCACCAACCCCCCGCCGUCCGGCUCAGGCGGAAGCUCUGGCAACUCCGGGGGAAGCGGUGGCAGCGGCGGUGGCAGCAGCGGUGGCAGCGGCGGUGGCAGCAGUGGUAGCAGCGGCGGUGGCAGCGGCGGUGGCAGCGGCGGUGGCAGCGGCGGUGGCAGCAGUGGUGGCAGCAGUGGUGGCAACGGUGGCAGCAAUUAUGGGCCCAGCUGGGACCGUCCCUUAGAAAAUUCUAGGAAUUUUGAUCAAAGCAGCUACUCAGGCUCCCAGGGACACAGUUCUGGCUCUUCCUCGGGUAGCAGUGGCGGCGGAAGCGGUGGUGGAAAUAAACCCGAGUGUGACAACCCAGGGAAUGAAGUCCGCGUGUCUGGAGGAUCUGGGGGUCAGGGCUUCCAAGGAGGACAGGGAGGGCCCGGCAGCUCUGGUGACAUCAGGGAAAUAAGCAAAGAAGGCAGUCACCUCGUUGGGGGCUCCCAAGGCAAUUAUCAGUGGCAAGGGUCCGGUGGUGAAGCUGUCAGUGGGAUCAAUACCUUGAACUCUCAGACAUCUCCUGGGCUCUUCAACUUCGACACUUUCUGGAAGAAUUUUAAAUCCAAGCUGGGUUUCAUUAACUGGGAUGCCAUAAACAAGGGCCAAGUCCCGUCCCCCAGCACGCGGGCCCUCCUCUACUUCAGCCGACUCUGGGAGGAUUUCAAACACAACACCCCUUUCCUGAACUGGAAAGCAAUUAUCGAGGGCGCCGAUGCGUCAUCGCUCCAGAAGAGGUCGGGCGGCGCCGGUCAGUCUGGAACGGGAUGGCAAGAGGUGGCAGCCGUAACUUCUAAGCACAACUAUAACCAGCAGGCACACCCUACUCCUUCUGGUGGGCAGUACUCAGCCAAGCUCCCCUCUAAGGCUUCCCAGGUGCAGCCUGGCCUGCUGCGGUGGGUGAAGUUCUGGUAGGGAGGAGCAAGAGCGAGGGGACCCGCAGGCGAGACAGGUGGGACGCCGUGAGAUUUCGGGAGCACCGAGACUGGAUGAAGGGACACCUGGUUUCAGCAGAUUCCGGAGUAGCCACGGGCUACCGUUUUUGCUCUUUUCUUUUUUAGAAGAUUAUUUCCAGUUGUGACCGAGGCCCCGAAAAACGUCAGUCUUCGAGGAGCCCGACCGGGCCCGUUCCUAGCUCUCCCCUCCCUGUGUCAGGCUUGGUCUAGGUGCUGACACCUGUUUUUUCCAGGUUGGGGACCAAGUCUGUCCCUUGUAUCUUGCAACCGCACUGUGGGGUCUCCGUGACCAGCAACUUCAUCAGAUAAACCCGCCACUUUUCUUCACCUACUCCGUUUUGUGACCUGAAGUCGGUGUGACAGUUCUUCAGAAGAAGUUCCUUCUCCUCCUGAGUUUCUUUAUGGAAAUAAAACCCGAAUCUUGUUUCCCUAA